AGACACACGAGACAAAAACAUAAAAUGACUUAUUGGAGAGAGAGAGACUGGGGUAUGAGUGUGAAUGAGGAUGAGUUGAGAAGCAUGCAGCAAGAGAAAUAGCAGUCCAGGAAUAGGAAGCAGAGAGAGGGUGAGAGGAUGACGCUGUAGUGGAAGGCGGCUACAGCAGGCAGUGGGCGUGUUCUUCUUGUUGUGAUCUAUAGUUGGGAAGCCCGGUGUCAUCUGCUUAAGCACAGACUGACUAUACCGACCUGUGUGGCUGAGCAGGCAGAGGGAGCCGGCAGGGAAUGCCACACCAGGAAACACACUCUGCUCUACCUUGGUCUCAACCUUCAGGGCACUGUGAAUGUGGAUUCCUUUCACCUGUGCGACACUCUGAGACAUUUUGUGCAUUCGGACAUAUUAAAGCAGAAGGAAAGACAUUCUGGGAAAGAAGCUUUAGAAAGACUGCAAGUGUUUGGUCUGCACCUGCAAGGGUAGUUUGAUGUAAGAGCGUGUGAGUGUGUUAGUGUGCAUUUGUGUCAUGCUUGCGGUUGCGGGUGCGGUCUGUUGCUACGCUGCGUCUUCCUUCUGUCUCUAGAAUGUGCAGAUGUGUGGAGCAGUGAAGCUGGCACCUUGUUUGGAGUUUGACAACAUCUGGACUGGAGGGGUCACAUCUCCCUUUUCUGCCCAGGGGAGGGAGCAUUGGGCUGGGCACCCAAUGGCCCAGCUCCCCUCUAGCACCAGCCUCAUCCUGGGUCACAGGGACUCCUUCUAGAAAGCCAGUCAGUUGGACCGUACAAUGGAUGGAUGUCUAUGUGGAUUUAAGUGGAAUAGUGCACUGGUGCUCCAGCAUAGGUCAGAGUUCCCUAGCGUGCACUGGACUCAUCAGGAGAAGACAGAAGACACGUUGGUCCACAAACCAGCAGGGACACAGCCCCAUUAAUGCUGUGGAAACGCUUGAAGAAUGAUGAGCUCCAAAGAGGAGGAAACUCUCCGUUUUUUCCAGUAUGUUGAGGAGAAUGGGCUGAGAGCCUACAACGGCCUGGUAGCUCAGAACUUUGACCACGCCAGGAAUGAGAGAAAUAGGGCAUUCCUGCAGGAAAAAAACGAGAAGAAGAGAAAACAGGAGGAAGCCAUAAGGAGGACGGGCGAAGACAUAGCAACUGAAGGCAAACACUUACGUAUGGGCUCUAUUACUAUGCCGGACCCCCAGGAACACAUGCCCAUGCCCCACCCGCAUGCCCUUGCCUGUGGGCAGGGCUUCUCCAUACGCUCCCAGUCCCUCCACUCCGUCGGUGGUGGGAACAGUGGUGGUGGAGGAGAGGAGGAAGUGGGAAGCCCGACCUCAAGGAAGCAGCCCCCACCCAAGCCCAGGAGGGACCCGGCCACCAAGCUUAGCAUGUCGUCUGAGGCGGUGGACCACAGUCCAAUGUCCACCUGCCGUGGGGAGAGAUGUGACGCAGCUCAAGGAUGCAGUGAGGACUGUAGGAGGGUGCCGCCACCCAAACCCAAGAGGAACCCCAACACACAAUUGAGCGUUUCCUUUGAUGAGUCCUACAUCAAGAGUCACGCAGGCAGCGGGGUUUGCCCGUCCAAACCCCUCCACCAUGUCACCUCCCCCUCUGAACGCAACCCCUCGCCUCCACAGAGUGACGAGAGCCCUACAGAUGACUGUGAGGAUGAACCCGUCUACAUAGAGAUGGGCGGGAUUGAUGUCGGAGCACGAGAACCCCUGAAGAGUGAGGAUGAGGAGCCAGGAGAGUCUGUGUAUGAGGAAAUGAAGUACCCAGCUCUGGAUGAUAUGGAGUACCGUACUGACCCGGUGGGAUGCCGCUCUGCAUGCCCCACCCCGGCACCCUAUGACCCUGAACCUCUCAGUCGCUGCUCCACGCCUCGAAACAUUCCCCUCUGUGACAUUCCUGCACCCUUUCCCAAUUUACUCACCCAUCGGCCUCCGCUGUUGGUGUUCCCACCAGCACCCGCCCAGUGUUCACCCAACUCAGACGAGUCUCCCCUCACCCCUCUUGAUGUAACCAAAUUGCCCAUGCUGGAGAACCAGUCCUACAGCAAAUCCCCGACAUCCUCCACCGAGCCACCCUCCUCUGCACACAUCCGCAGGGAGCUCACUGCGACCCCAACCCUCACCGUCUCUGGGCGCUCCUCUGCGCCCCCUCUACCCUGUACCCUCUACAAAUCCUCCUCCUCGUCCUCCUAUCAGCGCAGCCACUCUGCUUGCCCAUCGCCUGUCAGCAUGGGUCGCUGUCUCACCCCUCUGAGCCUCAUGCGCACUCCUCCCUUCGACGCUACAAUGCCAUUCCCGGGGGGUCUGCCGCGUAGCGCCUCUGCCACCCCUCACGGCAAAGGCUCGCCACCUCAAGACGGUGUGGGUCGACUCCAUGGCUCUAUGCAGAAUGUGUCAACAGGUCGUUCACGGACACCCACCAGCCCUCUGGACGAACUAACCAACCUAUUCACCACAGGAAGGAACAUGCUGAAGAAAAACACCAGUGGCAGGAAGUCUAAAGAGCCUGGAGAGACUGAGUCCAAAAGUAAGUCUCACAGUGAGUCAAAGCGUGAAGGCAAGGAACGCCACAGUCACAGCAAGGAGUCCAAGCGAGACUCCAAGGAGCGCCACAGCAAAGAGUCUUCUCACCGGAGAGACAAAGACAGAGACAAAGACAGAGACAAAGACAGAGACAAAGACAGAGACAAAGACAGAGGGAGCAGCAAUGUGGAGCAACUUCCCCACAGACGCAACAGUAAAGACCGUACUUGUAGUGGUGUAGAAGCACCACCUGUUCGCAGGGAUAGCAGGGACCAGGGCUACAGCAGUGUAGAGCCCAUCCCUGUGAGACGGGACUCCAAAGACAGGGGCUGCAGCUCCUUAGAACCCAUUUCUUUGAUAAGAAGAGACUCCAAGGACAGAGGGAUCAGCAAUGGAGACUUGAUGCCGAGGAGGGACAGCAAAGAUAGGAGCGGGGGACAUGGAAUGGAGUCCCUGCUGAGACAGGACAGCAAAGACAGAGAGAGACUGCUGGAUCAGCCACCUGAGCUGUUACCAAGACAAGACAGCAAGGAGAGGGUAAGAAACGGUGUAGACUCUAGACAUGAAAGCAGAGAGAGACUGCUAGAUCAACCACCUGAGCUCUUACCCCGACAAGAUAGCAAAGAGAGAGCUAGGAACGGUGUGGACUCAAAGCAUGAAAGUAGAGACAGGCCGCCUGAGCUUUUACCCCGACAGGAGAGCAAAGACAGAGCUAGAACUGGAGCAGAAUAUAGGCAUGAUAGCAAGGACCACCGUCCUGAUUUGUUGCCCCGACAGGAUAGCAAAGAGAGAGUGAGGAGUGACAUGGAACAUAGGCAUGAAGGCAGAAUUGACCAGCCACCUGAGAUCCUGCCCCGACAAGAAACAUCCAGAAGCAGCAACAGCAAGGACAGAGUUGGCUACAGCUCUGAAUCCAAGCAUGAGGGGAGAGAGCGGAGCUGCCACAAUGGAGAUCUCCCUCCUCCUCCUCUCCCCAGGCAGGACAGUAAAGAUCUGAGCAAAACUGGCCUCGAGGUGAGACGGGACAGCAAAGACAGAAGUCUGAAUGGCUCGGAGCAGCAUCAUUAUGAUGUGAAGAACACCAAGAGCCCCACUGCGAUGGAGUAUAGGUGUGAUAACAAAGAGAGAGGAUAUCGAUCAGAUGGCACGCCCCGACGAGAUAACCGAGCAACUUACAGCAUGGACCAAUCAAAAGCACAAGAGAGGAAUGGCAGCACAAUGUCAGGGCAGCAUUCAUCCACAACCACGCCUACUCACCACGGGAGAUCAUCUGGUAGCCCACCAAUGACUGUGGGAACAGGAAAUGAUCUGAAAGCAGCACCGAAGUAUGGCCGCUCACCUUCUAUGCCUGUUAACCCCUCACCAAUGGGAACUCCACAAAGGAGAGCAGCAGAGACACAUCAAAGUCAGAUGCCCCAGAUGCCAUGGAUAUGUGGGGACACCACGAUGCUAGAACAGAUCGAGAGGAAACGCACCCUCUGCAUGGAAAUUCGCUCCCGACAACAUCCACACGUGCAGCGAUCUCUGGAGAGGCCUCCUCCUCCGGACAGGAACGAGGACAGGCACCAGGAGCGGAGUCAGUGCAAGCAAGAAAGUGCAUCUGUCCUCCCAAGCUGGGGGAAAAGCAGUGGGGCCAAAAAGAUCCGUCCUCCCCCUUACCCCACACAGACAACCGUAUUCUGGGACACAGCCAUCUGACAGUGACAACACACGUACACCUCCCUGCCACACAACCCCAAAUUACCACUCCCUCUCUCCUCUGGGUUGUGCUGAUUGCUCCCUGCAACAUCAGGGGGCGUCAGGACGGCCAAUAAGAGCAUCAGGGGGAGGAUACUUGCUGAUGUCAAAGGACAAUGGUGGUUACCAUAGCAAUAUUUCUGCUUGUUCAGGUUGUCAUGUUUUCUUAUCAUCACUGGUGAUAUUUGAUAUUUUUCUAUUUCCUGUGACUGGAUUCUUGUAAUAUAAUUAGUAGAAUAGAUAUUUGAUGAAUAGAUAUUUUUUAAAUGAGAUGGGGAUUAAAAAGCAGCUUAAAUUAUGUAUAGUAGAUGUAGAUGCAAUCUAAUGUUUGUUUUUAAGUUAUUUUUGUUUUGGUUAUUUUACAUUUGAAAGCAUAAUCUAUCAAUACUUGUACUGUAGUAGCAUAAUUUUCUUAUGCCCAACUCUUUUUGUGCUCAAAGCACUAAAGUGAAUGGGCUAUUCAAUUCUGUCUAUAUAUACUUUACAUUUUCACUGUUGUAUUGUAAGUUGAGGAGUCAAUGUCAACGUGCUUUAGAUUCCAGCGCCCUCCAUGCCUGGUCCAGUAUGUUGUAGAAUGUACAACAGUUGGUCCUAGAACAGAGACAGGAAACUUUGUGUGCUUCAGUUUGUAUAUUACAGUAAGAAGCUGUGUAGUCACUACGUCAAAGCCUUUUGAAUCGGUUGAAUCGUUCUAUAGGUAAACCUGUUGGCUGGCAUGUUGUAGAUGACAGAGAAGGUGUGAAAUGUUUCUGUUGUAUUCUAAGAUACGCUAUGAGGGUGGGAUGGGAAGGUAGUAAAUUAGAACAUGCAUUAUUAACAGUAUAAUUUCCAAAACCAGCCAAAGCCUGUAAAAGCGAGAUAUGGGUGUGGUUGCACUUGGGGACGUUUGGUUAUUUGAAAUGGGGUUGGUGGCAAUAGCUGGGGAGUACCAGCGUCCUUACUUUGCCAUGCACACUGCGAGCACCAUGACACAGUGUAAAUACUUGAUGCCAACGACCAGCCCGUACAAUCAACACCUGAGCUUUUAGAACAUUUCUUAAUUUUACUGCAGAUUAUAAUAGCCAUAUGCACUUGCUUAAGAAAUAACUUUCAAGAUUAUGCUUAUAUAUAUAUAUUUUUGAAAAUGUUAGGAGUAGCGAGCUGUGCCAUGUAAGUUUUAAUUUGUUGGCUGGGAGGUAAAGCCUCAGGAGACUGGCUGUGUGUGACAUACAGUCAUCUAUGAUUGGUUGUCUCUGAUAAUAUUCCCAAUUCAAUUGGCUGGCAACCAGUUCAGAGAUCAAAUCGUUCAAGGACCUAUCACAUGGCAACAGCUCUACCCAGUUAAAAGGACAGGGGUUGCACAAGGGCCUACAAAUAUUUGAGGCUCUGUUUAAGAAGAAAAAAAAAAAAACUGCACUACCGAUCAUCUUCCAUCACAUUUAAUCAGGCUGGUUACAUACGUCCUUCUCCCCCAGCUCUCUCCCUCUACCUCAGCCUCCUGCUUACAUCAUCUAAAUUGGUUCUCUUUGCACAUUAAAAUGCAAUGUCAACAUUGCCAAAAUAGUAUGGGUUUGACAAAUGAGCUAGCCCUCAGCGUGCAAGUGCAGUACCCCCUCUCUGGUGAGAAUCAAUGCUACAGAGGUCCCUCUGUGUUGUACCUUCAUGUGUGUGUAUGUGUGUGUGUGUGUGUGUGUGUGUGUGAGGGAGAGAGCUGUGCGUGUUUGUGCGCGUGUGUGUGUGUGCCAAGCUACACUGUAUGCAAGUUGAAUCUUUAAAAAUGAUUGUUUUGAGACAUUCACUUUGCCCUAUCCAUGAUGUUGGUGGGUGGAUGUUGGAAAUGUAAUAAUGAUGAUGUACAAUCUUUUUGUGUGUAUAAACGUGCACUGUGAAAAGGUAGAGAGAGCACCACACUGUCAGAGUCCUCUGUCCUAUUGCACUGAGUGUUCUCUUGUUUUGCGUAAUAAAAAAGAAAAGGAAAAAAUGUUUGAGGAAAAAAGUACUGUAUACUGAUUGUCACUUGGGUUCUGUUGAGAGAAACAAAUAAAUAUGAACUUGAAACCUGCUAUGGAAAAACUGUA